AUGAAUUCGAGUUAUUCUAGUGUCACGUCUUUUUGUUUAAUCGAAAAUUUUCCAUUUGAUACUACGGGAGGAGGAGGAGGAGGAGAAAGGGAAAAAAAAUUAAAACAUUUAUCACCGGAUAGAGAAGAAUUAUGUAAAACGUUAAAUGAAUCGAAAAGUAAACCACAAGAUUGGGCAAGGAAAUUAGUCGGAUCAAUAAGGAGAAAAGUAAGCACAAAAAAGCAGAAUACAGGAACAACACGAACAGAAGCAGGAACAACAGGACGACAGGAACACAUAAUACAUCGUCUCAAAAAAGUUUUCACGGAUUUAGAAGAAUUCGAAUUGUCUCCGAAAAUAGAAUCACGUCAUAGAAAAAUGAGUUUAACGGUCACGAAACAAUAUCAAAUGGAAAGGAAAUACAGUAAAAAAGGUUUCGUACAUCAGAGAACAAUAGGAAACGAAUACGAAACGUCAAAAUGGUGGUACGACAACGACGACGAUGACGUCGUCGACGAUGACGUAACGACAAAAUCGGAUUCGGUAAAUUUUGAAAAAUGUAAAAUACGUAGAAAAUUAAGUUUUCCAUCUUGUCGAGAUGGUUCGUACGUGAAAACGGAUGUUAAAUACACGAGGAAAAAAGACGCGACGCUUUUAGCUCUAAUAUUUAAAAAGCAAACAAGUUUUGACGUUAAAAAAGAUGGAGGAGAAAUGGAAAAGUCGAAAGAUAAUAAUAACAAAUACAUGAAAAUACCGGAUUUUAGUUUUAGUAGUAAUGAAAUUGCGAGUUCCGGUGAUGGCGGCGACGGCGACGGUAGCGGCGACAUGGUAGGACAAGAAACCACCGGAAGAAGAGUGAAUCGUGACGAAAUUAAUGGAGUCGUAUUGAUUUCCGGAAACGUUUCGAGUGACAAAACCGGAAGUUUCGUCACGAAUAAUAUUAUUAACAUUAACGGUCCGGAUAAUCAAAUGGGAAGCAAAUCGAAAAAAAUGUCGAGAUCAUGCGGACAAGUUGAAAUAAUACCCUACGAUCCGGCGGCUCAAGAAAAUUUCCUACGUGCUACAAUGUCCAUUUUUUUGGCCGUUUCACCGCCUUCUAGUAAAAUCCAGGUAAUGAUUAAUUGA